GAGGACAUUUGACCACACUGACAGGCUUGUGUCUGUGUGAUUAAAGUGGAUUAGUGUGUGCUGGGGAGCAGUAGCAGUUGGAGGCGAGCAGCAGGCGGCUGGCAGCUCUGACAUACAGAGAGCGAGCUGGAGAUCACAGGUGACAUCAUCAGCAGGUGACAUCCUUCCCAUGGUGCCCUGCAGCCUCAGAGGUCACCAUGGAAGACCAGUCUUUCCCAGAAUGCCAAGCUCAGGAGCUGUUUGAUGAGUUUGUAUCAGCAUCAACCUGCAGGGCGGCGCUGCGCUCCUUCAGCCAGCUUUGUGAACAUCUGCAGCUGGACCCGAGCACUGCCGAAAGGCCACUGUACCGACCGAUUAAACGCCGCCUUAACUACUGGAGGGCGAAUGGUCUGUGGGCCAAGCUGGACCGGAGGGGGGCGCAGGAGGAGUACCAGAGGGCACGAGCCUGCAGCGAUGUGACUUGUGUUAUCAUUGGUGCAGGGCCUUGCGGUCUGCGGACAGCAGUGGAGCUGAGCUUCAUGGGAGCUCGAGUGGUGCUGCUGGAGAAGAGGGACUCCUUCUCCAGGAACAAUGUGCUCCACUUAUGGCCUUUCACCAUCCACGACCUGCGGGGCCUUGGAGCCAAAAAGUUCUAUGGAAGGUUUUGUGCCGGCUCCAUCGACCACAUCAGUAUUCGCCAACUGCAGCUUGUCCUGCUGAAGGUCGCCCUGCUCCUGGGGGUCGAAGUUCAUGUCAAUGUGGAGUUUAAAAAGCUGGUGGAGCCAGCAGAGGACCAGCACAGACACAAGCUGGGCUGGAGAAUGGAGGUGAGUCCAAAGAAUCACCCUGUGAGUCAGCUGGAGUUUGAUGUAAUAAUCGGAGCAGAUGGACGCAGGAACACGCUGCCAGGUUUCAGGCGUAAAGAGUUCAGGGGGAAGCUUGCCAUCGCCAUCACAGCAAACUUCAAGAACAGAAACACCACAGCUGAGGCCAAAGUGGAGGAGAUCAGCGGUGUGGCAUUCAUCUUUAACCAAAGGUUUUUCCAGGAACUACGGCAGGAAACUGGGAUUAACUUGGAGAAUAUUGUGUACUACAAAGACGACACACACUAUUUUGUGAUGACGGCAAAGAAACAGAGUCUAUUGGAAAAAGGAGUAAUUCUGCAGGAUUUUGCAGACACAGAGCUGCUCCUCUCUCGAGGGAACGUUGACCAGAAUGCAUUGCAGGCAUAUGCCCGUGAGGCUGCAGACUUCUCCACCAAUCACCAGCUGCCAACUCUGGACUUUGCCAUGAAUCACUAUGGUCAGCCUGAUGUUGCCAUGUUCGACUUCACCUGCAUGUAUGCAUCAGAGAACGCUGCUAUGGUUCGCCAACGCCACGGACACCAGCUGCUGGUCACACUGGUUGGAGACAGCCUAUUGGAGCCCUUCUGGCCGAUGGGGACGGGAGUCGCUCGAGGGUUUCUGGCAGCUCUGGAUUCGGCUUGGAUGAUACGAAGUUGGGCUCAGGGCGCAGCUCCACUGGAUGUCCUGGCUGAGAGAGAGAGUUUGUACCGUCUCCUCCCUCAGACGACUCCAGAGAACAUGCAAAAGAACAUCACUCUGUUCUCUGUAGAUCCAACAACAAGAUACAUGAACACCAGCCUUUUGACCAUCACACCUGCCCAGGUGAGGCACCUGGUUGACACAGGAGAAGAGGUGGGGCUAACCACAGACUGCAGUGAUAUCAUCCGGCUCCCCUCCCCCAGAUACCUCAGACAGGAAUCCUUCUCUCGAUCCAAUCAGCUGCUGACUUGGUGUCAGGAACAGACUUGUGGUUACCAUGGCGUUAAUGUUACUGACCUGACUACUUCCUGGAGGAGUGGCCUCGCCCUGUGUGCUCUUAUCCACCGAUACCGAUCUGAUCUGAUAGACUUUGACUCUCUGGACGAGUCGUCAGUGGAAGAAAACACUCGACUCGGCUUUGAUGUGGCUGAACGAGAGUUUGGGAUUUCUCCAUUGAUGACGGUGGAGGAAAUGUCGUCUGUGGAAGAGCCGGACUCUCUGUCGAUGGUUAUGUACCUGAGCCAGUUUUACCAACUGCUCAAAGACUCGCCGCCCCCUAUGGGCUGCCUGAGGCACAUCACUGACCUGCGAUCAGCUCUCAUCGCUCCCGCCUCCCUCCUCAGCCGACUGGGAACCAGUUUGUCCAGGAAGAGAAACCCAAAGGAGCAUGGGGGGGCAUUGGGUAAAAAGAGGAAGACCAGUCAGCGGAGUCGAGAGCAGCAGGAGUCAUGUGACCUGAAUGGUGAUGUUGAGAGCCAGUCGUUUGAGGAGGAGUUUGUGGGUGGGGCCAGUCGGUCCAGAGUUCGUUUGAUGGCCAAUCAGCUACAGGCAAAGCUGCAUGAAAGUUCAUCUACCUGCAGGACAUCUUCUUCUGCUGCUGCUGAUUUCCGUCGACAACAGGGGGAGCUAUCCAGCCUCCCUCCAGCCUCCCAACCAGCAGAAAGUCAGCCGACUGCAUCUCCAGUUCACUUGUCAUCAUGGAGGCCGAAAAAACGAACUCUUCAGCAGGAGCAGAUGAGUUUUCGAUUCAAACAGAAGCUCAAGGCUCAGGCAGUUCUCGAUGGGGACGAACAGGUGCCUGAGCAAGUACCUGAACAGUGCCUUCAAAUGUACACGGGUGGCGUGAGCUCACUGGCUGAGCAGAUAACCAGUCGUAUGCAGAGUCAGGAGGACGGUGGUGGGGUCUCUGCCAGCUGCAGUCACGUCUGUUUCUUCUGUAAGCAGAGGGUUUAUGUGAUGGAGCGUCUCAGUGCAGAGGGCUUGUUCUUCCAUCGCAGCUGCUUCCAGUGUGGUUCCUGCAGCAGUCCCCUCCGCCUGGCCUCGUACACAUAUGACCAGCACACCAGGAGGUUUUACUGCAUGCAACGCUCCGAAUGUCACCUAAGUGCUCAAGCCGUGAGGAAGAGGCCGACGCCAUCUGACAGAGCUACGUCACACCGAACGUCAAUCGGGUCCCAGAGCUCGGCGCCAUCUCUGUCUGACUCUCUGAUCUCAGCAGGCCGCCGACCAUCCUCAGCUGCUUCUCUAAUGGCGGCGACGCCGGAGAGGAUCGAGCUGGAAAUCUGGCACCGGUGCUCAGAGGUGGAGCUACAGGAGGAGCUGGAGGAGGUUUCCGAGGAGGUCCUGAACCUAUUCAACCUGAGCACCGACAAUCAGACAGGGUCCAGGUCCAGAAGUUCAGAGUCAGAUAUGGAGGAGGAGGCAGAGGGAGGAGGCUGUGUAACCUCAGACGAGACGAGAUCUUCAUCGAGAGAAACGCUGCAGCUUUACCUGAAAGUCCAGGAGGAGGAGGAGGAGGAGGAGGAAGGCAGUGGCAUGGAGUCCAGCGAUGAGGGGGAGUACGACCCCUGGGAGAUGGAGCGCCGUUCGGGCUUAUGGCUCCUGUUAGAGGAGGAGACAGAGGCGGAGCUUGCUCCUUACAGCUCUGACACACCUGUUCAGCCUGACUCCACCUCUUCCAUUAACUCAUCUGUGACUCCACACCCUGUCGCCACCACCGCCAGCACAGCCUCCUUCAUCACCACACCUGACUCCCCUCACAUUGAGGAUGGAGCCAGAGCGCCACUCAAACCUGCCAUUGUCAUGGAGACACCUGCUGCCAGUGGGCGGGGCUCAUUUGACAACAUCACACCUGAACUGCCGCAAAAUAGGCCCCUCCUCCUGCAAGAGAAAGGGGAGGGGUCAGAGGAGGACCCAGGGACAUUUAGGAGGAAGAGGAGGACGACGAGACGGCGAGAAGCUCAUAGCCUCCCCCCUAGACUCCUCUUCCCCCCCCUGCAGCCUGGGGGCAGGGCUCUCCUCUUUAAGAUGCUCAGAGAGGCUCCUCCCCCUGGGGAGAUGGAGCUGGGAGGGGUUGGAGCCAGAAAUCUAUUAAAGACUGUGUUUUCUGGAAACAAGAAUGAGCAGAAGAAGAAGGGGGGUGGGACUUUACCUGCAGAGAGGGCGAAGGAGAAAACAGCCAGUCAGAGAUUCACAGAUGUGAGAGCAGAGGUGUCAGAUCUUGAUUCAUCCACCGUGUUGCAGAGAUGUUCCCCGAAGCCCCAAAACAACCUGCGUUUGGAGUUGCUUGACCUGACCAAUGAAAUUCAGAGGGUUGCCAUCGAGGAGGAGGAGAAGAACCAGGAGCCGCCAUACGUUCCUCACGCUCUGGCUUUCAAACGAUCAUACGCCAUCAAGAGACGCCCCCUAAAAGACAGAGUCCCGCUACAGGACUCUGACGGCCAGUCUUCCUGCCCCACGGAGGUGGUGGGGGUCGUGGUCCAGCCGAAGGAGGCAUCCAGUUUGAGCGUGAAGGAAACCAUGUUCCAGAGGGAGCGUGAGGAUGACGACGAUGACCUGGACACCAGAAUCACGCGACGGGUUCAGAGAGCCGCAAGGAGACAGGCCAAACAGGAAGAACUGAAAAGACUCCACAAGGCCCAGAUGAUCCAGAGGCAGCUGCAGCAGGUGGAAGAGAAACAGAGGCAGCUGGAGGAGAGAGGAGUGAUGGUGGAGAAAGCUCUGAGGGGAGAAGCAGAUUACUGGGGAGAAUCCAGCCAAAGCGCAGACAUGGAGCUUCACCUGGGAGGGCUCGGGAAACUGGAUAAUCCGCCGCUGAUGCAGCAGUGGUUCCAGCUGGUCCAGCAGAAGAACGCUCUGGUCCGAUAUGAAGCUGAGCUCAUGAUCUUCGCCCGAGAGCUGGAGCUGGAGGACCGGCAGAGUCGCCUGCAGCAGGAGCUCCGAGAGAGGAUGGCUGUGGACGACCACCUGAAGGACGAGGAGCAGCUGGCUGAGGAGCGUCUGAUCCUGGAGGAGAUGCUGGAGGUGGUUGAGCAGAGAGACUCUCUGGUGUCCCUGCUGGAGGAGCAGAGACUGCAGGAGCGACAGGAAGACAGGGACCUGGAGCAGCUGAUGGUGUCCGGAGGACUGGGACUCACCUGGACCUGAGGCGGUCAGACUUUCUGUCUCACCUGUCAGAGGUCUUUAAACCCACCUGGACGCAGGCAGGGAUGAUAUGUUUAAAACUGCAAACUGUCGAGUUGACCUGAGGAGAGUCUGGUUUAGUGCAGGUAAACAGUCCAGGUGGAGAGAAACAAUUACAUUUAUUAACUUUUUAAAACUGAUUCAUAAAAACUACCCACGAGCAGAAACAGGAUGUCUUAGUCUGAAAUCAGCUGACCUCUAAUGUUUCCUUAGAAGUUAGUCAUCAGAGCAGCUUGAUGGAUUAAAUCCAGCAGAACCCAAACAGAUACAGGAUGGUCUGAACUGAACCAUCCAAUCAGGUGUGAUGAUGUCAUUCACGCCAGAGAAGAUGGGAAAAAACCUCCACUUUUCUGACUGCAGGAGUUAGUACUAAUGCUAACAGCCUGUAUUAGCUAUAGUGAUGGAACACUGACAUGGCUGCUAGCCAAUACCAUGCUACUGCUACUGCUAACCAGCUACCAUAACCCACUGUUGCUACCUGGAGUAAAAGUAAGCUAAUCUAAAUGAAGAUGUGUUUGUGCAGCUUGUCCUGGUGCAGAGUUUAAAUAUCUCUAACUCCUCGAGAGAGAACACAAAGGUGGACUUUAGCUCUCAGUGCUGAGCUAUCUUAAAACUCCAUUCUUUCUACUGACAACAGGGGUAAACUCCUCUGAUCUGAGCUCAGUAAACUCUUUCCUGAGGAGUUUACAGUCUCAGAUGCUAGUUAAUUAAUUACAUGCUGUGUGUCAAAUGUUUGAAUACAGUAGAAUAGCAUAGCCCUUUACUGUCAUUGUACAUGCACAACAAAAUUGUGGAGGCUCCACCCCAGCAGUCAGGAGUAAAAUAUAAAAACUAGACAGCAAGAGUUCAAGAACUCAAAAGUGGGCUCAAUAGGCAGGCAGACUAAUAAAUCAAAUUAAUUCUACUAGAAACUGGUUGUCUACAGGAACUGGACCCAUUCCUAAUAUUUUAGAUAUUAAACCUGAUAUUAAAACAUUUAAAACAGUGUAUUUAAAUCCUUUGAGGCCGAACCCUCUGGUCUCAUAUCACUGUUUUUAAAACUCUUUUAUAAAGUUUAGGAACUCUUAAAAUAAGCUAAGACUCACUAAAGAUGUUUGAGCAUUUCACAAACUUUAAUAUUUAAUAAAAAAAAUGUUUUAAAACAUCCGAUGAACCAUGUGACCCAGCCUCAAUGACAUUUUUAUCUAAUUGAUUAUUGAUUGUGCCAUCAGAUCACCUGUGUGCCUUACCUGCCACCUGAUCAAUAACAUGUGUUCAUGCGGCGAUGAUGGUUAUUACUGUAACUCUGUGCUGUGAAAUAAACCUCUCAUUUCUGACA